AUGGGAUGCUCUUCCUCCCGCUCCUCGAUGCCACCAGGAAGUAAGAGUGGGAUUCAUCUGCAAACCCUACUACUACUAUAUAAUUAUAAGAAGCAGCAAUGUGAGGAGGAAGACCACCGAAAAGAAGUAGAAGAAGAAGUGAUGCAUUGUCCAGAGAAUUCCUUCGAGUUCAACAUGGAAAUGCUCUCCUCCGAGACUGGUAGAUGGACAGAGUCAGUUGUAUGGAAUGCUCUACUGGUGGAGCUCUAG